CUUUUCACAGUAUGUAGUGACAUCUAUAGAACCAUAGAAAAAUUGUCAAGUUAUCGCAACUGACAGAUCGUAGAUGUGAUAUUAUUCGUUUAUAAUUGCACAUUUUUUCGUGAGAAAAUGCACAGCAGAGUAAAAGCUAGGUUAUGUCGUUACCAUUCGAUCAAAUGACCUUAGCAGAGACAAUCGAAGUAUUCUUGCCAGCAUAAAUACCACAGAUUUAUUGUAAAAAUAUGCUGUGCAAAAUAGACGAUCUUCCAGAUGAAAUUCUCGAAUAUAUACUAAGCCUCAUUCCUCCCUAUAAAGAUCUUCAAGAAUGCACACUUGUCUCUAAACGAUGGUACAGAGCCACCAAGAAUGUUAUCGAGCAUAAUGAAGCACACUUUCAGAAAGCAGUUGCUUUGGGUUCAUUAUUUUGGAAGACGUGCCCUGGAGCGGAUUGGCUGCCGACAAUUGGUAAACGCCAUUCUCAUUCAGCUUGUGCAUAUGAAAAUUUUAUGUAUGUAUUUGGAGGCUGCACUGCUACUUGCACAACAUUCAAUGAUCUGUGGAGAUUAGAUUUGGACACCAGAAAAUGGAUUCGACCUAUCACCAUGGGCAGUUAUCCAUCUCCAAAAGCAUGUGCAACGAUGCUUUAUUACAAGAAAAAUUUUAUUCUGUUUGGUGGAUGGUCUCAUCCAUCUCCAUAUCCCCUCCAUCAGCAAUGGAAACUGUUCAAUGAGUUACACGUUUACUCUAUCGAACUGAAUAGAUGGAGUGCUAUCAAUGCCCUUGAAAGUCCCCCACCAACAUCUGCCCACUCGGCAUCUAUCCAUGGAAAUCUUAUGGUUGUGUUUGGUGGUGUUUGUAAUGGUUACAGUUCCAAUGAAGUUUGGUGCUUAAAUCUAGACACUUAUUGUUGGCACAAACAGACUACAUCCAACUUGAAGCCACAACCUCGAUAUGGUCAGUCACAAAUUGAACUCGAUAGCAAACAUCUGCUUAUCCUAGGAGGAUGUACUGGCCCUAAUGUUGCUAUGAAUGACGCAUGGUUAUUAACAAUGGAAAAUCCAAACUGGACUUGGAGGAAAGUCAACAUGCUUCGAUCUGAAUGUGCUCCAACUCGUAUUUGGUGUCAUCAAGCUUGCAAGGUUGGUGAUUACGUCAUUGUACUCAGCAGAAACAAACAAAUUUGCCAGACAAACGAUAUGAGUAUAUCACUUGCUAAGAAUGCUUGUCAAAGACCUACACCUUCCGAAGUUCAAGACCCAGUACCAGCAUUUGAAAGGCAUAAAAACGUGGCCCCAAUAGAUAGAGAUGAAAAUGUGAAUGGACGUCGCGGAUCCUUUCCAAGAUCGUCUAUGUCCAGUCCGCAAUCUCCACCGCUUGUUUCUGUGCCUCACAGGCCCUUACCCAUUCUCGACUCCCCUACUCUGGGAAUGGCUGCAUUCCGUGAGGAGUUACCACGACCUCGACCAAACUUGCAUAGACAGCGUCAACUAGAAUGGCUUCGCAGAAUGGAGGAGAAGAUUCAGAAUUUGAAGACGCAGACGAAACCUGUUAAAAAAACCGAAAACACCUUGGCUAUAUUUGUCUUAGAUAUCUCGAAAGUAUUGAGCGACGAAUGUGUUGCUUCAUGGAUACCAUUAAAACCAAAUGAUCAAUCUGGACCUGACGAGAGAAUAUUAUACUCUCUGGUUCUUGGUAGAGGAGAGUUAAUAGUGUUUGGUGGAAUCCGUAAAGAGCAAACUACUAUUCAGGGCCAAACAGAAACUGAUGACUCAGAAGUUUACAAUGAUCUCCAUUUCAUAAAUCCACCGCGAUAUGUCAUAUAAUUUAUUUCAGCAUCUAUAUAAGGCUCAUUGAUCAACAUAAUGAAGCUUUUUAUCAGAUAUGUAUUGCACAUCAGAUAUGAUAAAAUUAAUGAGUCAUGAGACUCCUUGUCUGCAAACAAAUUUGCUAAUUUACAAUUGCCUUUGUGUGAAGUAAAAUGGCGCAAUUUUUUAGACUUGAUACAACGACACUUUAAAAAUAAUCAUUGACCCAUAGAGUUUACAUGAAUAAUUCCUGAUUAAAAUAUUUUUAAAUAUUCACAUCUAUAGCUUUAAUUAGUGAGUCACCUGAAUUGCAAUAACAGAAACAACUCAAAAUAUUGGCUCAUUUAAAGUCUUGUAUAGAAUUAGUACCUUUGUACUAAACAAACAUCUUAUGUAAAAAUUACAAUUAUUUUUAGCUGAGAAUCAAAAAAUUUGAUCGCUGAUACUAAAAAAAAAGAUUUGCCCUUAACAGAAACAAUAUCAGUUGACUAGACUCUACAUUCUCCUGUCAUCUCUGCAAUGUCAUUUCGUUUAUUAACAUCAGCUCUCAGGGUGGUAGACAAGUAUACCUAUAGCUUAUUAGUUCUCAUUAUCGCUCGCAUUACACAAGUACAAAUUUUUAUUUACAUUUUUUAGCAAUUUUAUGACAAGAAAGUCAAGAGGAAAUAGCAUUGAAUAAUUAAACAAACUUCUUCGUUCAAUAUUAGGUAAUUAGGCGACGUUUAUAAGAAGUGUAUAAUAAAUAUACGCAUAGAAAGCUCCUGUA